GCUGGAGUCCUGCUUCUGCACAUGAGUGAGGAGCAAGCCUUCGAGAUGCUCAAGUUCCUCAUGUAUGACUGUGGCUUUCGCAAGCAGUAUAGAUCCGACAUGAUGUCGCUGCAGAUUGAAAUGUACCAGCUCUCCAGGCUCCUGCAUGACUAUCACAGAGAUCUCUACAAUCAUUUGGAAGAGAAUGAGAUCAACCCCAGCCUUUAUGCUGCCCCCUGGUUCCUCACACUGUUUGCCUCUCAGUUCCCUCUGGGAUUUGUAGCCAGAGUUUUUGAUAUAAUUUUUCUUCAGGGAACUGAAGUUAUAUUUAAAGUGGCGCUCAGCCUGCUGAGUAGCCAGGAGGCACUUAUAAUGGAAUGUGAAAACUUUGAGAAUAUUGUGGAAUUCCUUAAAACCACACUUCCAGAUAUGAAUACCUCUGAGAUGGAAAAGAUCAUUACCCAGGUGUUUGAGAUGGAUAUUUCUAAACAGUUACAUGCCUAUGAGGUGGAAUAUCACAUGCUACAGGAUGAGCUGCAAGAGUCUUCCUGUGCCUGUGAGGACAGCGAACCUCUGGAGAAGCUAGAGAGGGAAAAUAGCCAACUGAAAAGACAGAACAUGGACCUCCUAGAGAAACUACAGGUGCUUCAUGCUAAAAUCCAGGCCUUCGAAUCCAACCUGGAAAAUCUUUUGAACCGAGAGACCAAAAUGAAGACAUUAAUCCGGACUCUGGAGCAGAAGAUGGCUUAUCAAAAGACAGUGGAGCAUAUCCAAAAACUUGUGCCAGCAGAUGCUCUAGCUAGCUGCGAAGUACUGCUAAGAGACCUCAACUGCAACCCCAACAACAAAGCCAAGUCAGGAAAUAAGCCAUAGCUGCAGAUAUACAUACCCAGCAGCAAAUGCUCUUUAGCUUGCUACGGAGAGGAAGAGCCUGUGCAAUGCCAGCCCACAUUGAGGGACCCACCUCCUGCUGGUCCUGGGUCCUGUAUCAGCAGGUGCAUCUUGCUCUCCUUGGAGCUUGCCACCCCUAAGCCAUCAUAGAUUUGUAAACUGGGGUUUUCUCUUGUUGAUGACUGUACACACACAUGCACAUCCAUAUAUGUAAAAUGGAAAAAAUGUUCAUGCUUUCAGGUCAAAUGAGUAAUGUAUAUCUAGUAUAGUUUUUGUGUUCUUCUUUUUUAAGUCAGAACCUCAUGGAAUCCACACCAAAGGAAGUCGAAGUGUGAAAUC